UCAAUCCAUUCCAUUCCAUUCCAAUCCAAUCCAUUCCAAUCCACUCCGCCCCGCCUCCAGAACAGCUCCAACCCAAUCCAACAAAACCCAACACAACCCAAGGCACCAUGGCAACCCCCGAACCCCCCACGGCAGACCACUCGGUGGAAGAGUCGCACAACGGAGAGGUGAUCUAUUCCGACGCKGGCGUGGCCCCCUCCGGCGUGUCCAAGCCCCCCCYCGUCGUCCAGCAGCAAGCCGCGGGCGACAGCGGCUCCGAGGCCGUCCUGUCGAGCGAGCAGGUCUCCCCCCUGGCGGCCUUUGAGGUCUUCCAGGGCAGGGUCUACAACGCCUCGGUGGUCCCCUCGGUGCCGGCCUUUGCGGGAGCCACCACCGAACAGGGGGCCUCCCUCCCGCCCCUCGCCCGGCUGGCCCGCCUGCAGCAGGAGGUCGGCGCCCUGGAGGAGGAGCUGGCGGCAACGGCGAAAGCCUCGGACGGCGGCAGGGCCUUCGACGAGGAGAUCGUCAAGCUGGCAACGGACCURAAGCACCGGCUGGCGGCGGCCUCCUCGGCGCACGCGAACGACCAGGACGACCUGACCCGCCGGAUCCGCCAGCAGCUCGAGGAGAUGGGGGGGAGCGGAAGGGGUGCGGGGGCGCCGGAGCCGGCUCCGGAGGAACUGCCCRCCACCGGCCUCGUCUACGAGCUGUACGGAAACGCCUCCAACCCCACGACGACCCUCGAGGAACGCCUGCUGAACCUGGAGCGGGUCCUGGGGGAUUCCCAGCAGCACCAGCAGCAGGCCUCGUCGUCGUCGUCCUCGCAGGCCGGCCCUUCCUCCACCGUCUCCUCCAGCAACUACAAGUCCGUCCUCCACCGGCUGGAGGACAUGGAGCAGCUGCUGGCGACCGUGGACGCCUCGACCCUCGAAAAGACCGCCACCAAGGCAAAGGUCAUCCGGGCCGAYCUGGAGGCGGCCAGCAAGGCCCGCAACAAGCUCACGGCCACCUACAAGAAGGAGGACUCGAAGAUGAUCCAGCAGCUCUACCAGCAGAUGAUCGACCUGGAGGGCCUGGGAAACUACCUGCCCCACCUCGUGGAGCGCCUCCGGCAGCUCAGCGGCCUGCACCAGCAGGCGUCCACCUUUGGAAGCAGGCUCUCGGAGCUGGAGAAGGAGGCCACCCAGGUGGAGGCGACCAUCGGACAGCUGGAGGCCGGCAUGGCCACCCUCGAGACCACCAUCGCCCAGAACAUUGCGGCCAUGGAGGGCAACAUGAAGAAGCUCGACGAAAAGCUGGCGGCCCUGUCGUAGGCGGACGCCGGCGCCAACGCAACGCAACGCAAAAGACGGUACCAAGGAGCGGACGGUUGUGGUCCGCUGGCCUCCGGGUGCGCUGGCUGGUGCAAUGCGAUGCGAUGCGAUACGGCUUUCUACGGUACACCGCGCGGCAUUGCAYACCGUGCUAUAAACGUAAUAGACUAUG